UGCUAUCGGCCAACUGUUCCCCCGAUUGUCACAGUGCAAGUGUGUUCCGCUAAAUACAUAAAAAUCAACUGUAUGGAUAUUAAAUUUAAACCCAAUAACAAAUACUUUACUAAAGUAUGAAUGCACCUCCAGAACUGGAUACGGUCUAUCAGGCCGUUUACUCGUUGUACAAUAAUCCAGAUCCAACGGAGAAGGAAAAAGCGUCGUUGUGGCUGGGAGAAUUGCAAAAAUCUGUUUAUGCAUGGAAAAUAUCGGACGAAAUGCUGCAGCAGAAGCGGGACUUGGAGUCCUGCUACUUCGCAGCCCAAACAAUGCGUACGAAAAUUCAAUUAUCCUUUCACGAAUUGCCCACCGAAUCACACACAUCCCUCCGUGAUUCCUUACUGAAUCACAUAUCGCAGAUCAACGAGCAUACGAACAGCAUUAUUGUGACACAACUGUGUGUUGCACUGGCCGAUCUAGCGUUAAAAAUGCCCUCCUGGCACAAACCAAUAGUGGAUGUAAUUAAUAGAUUCGGUAGCAAUACCAGUAGUCUUUGGCCGUUACUAGAAAUCAUGACGGUACUUCCUGAAGAGGCUAUAUCCAGAUCGAACAGAUUAGGAGCUAAUAGGAGGCACAAUGUUUUUGUUGAACUGUCAUCUUGUGCUGAUACAGUAACUGAAUUCCUGAAAGCGUGUCUCCAAAACGGAGGUGAUAAUGUACAAAUUCAUAUAAGAAUACUAAGAUGUUUAACGAGCUGGGUGAAGGUCCACGCCAUGUCUUUAGAAACGAUACCAAACGGUGAAGUAGCGACCUACGCUUUCGAGGUCUUGAGGAAUCACCUAUCGAGUUCCCAGCUCCACGAAGCAGCAACCGACUGCCUCUGCGUGAUCCUCCAAAUCCUCGAAGAGGACUACGAGCGCACGAGCAGCGAGCACAACGCCCACCUCCAGCAGCUCCAACUGGGCCUCUUCACCAGCGUGAUGUCCUUGGAGCAGCCCUACCACCUCUCAGUGGCCCACGAGGAGAUGGAAAAAUCCAUAAACUACUGUCGAAUCUUCACCGAGCUAGCGGAGACCUUCCUAGACCGAAUGGUUCUGGGUAGCAUGGACGGUACCCAGCACUACGCCAUUAGAAUACUCAAUCUAGUCCUCAUGUGUGUCGGACACCACGACUACGAAGUCGCCCAGAUAACCUUCAACCUCUGGUACCGACUAUCAGAAGUGCUCUACCGUAAAAACAAUGACCACCUGAACACAAUGUUCAGACCGUACAUAGAGAGACUGAUAGCUGCCCUCUGCAAGCACUGUCAGAUGGAGCCAGACCACCUGGGCCUAGUAGAAGAGGGCAGUGGUGGUGAGGACUUCGCUGACUUUCGAACUCGUGUCUCUGAACUCGUAAAAGACGUUGUAUUCCUCGUGGGUAGCAGCCACUGCUUCCGCCAGAUGUUCUCAACCCUAACGUGCAACAACAGCCAAGAGCAGUCGAGGCCCCCCACCUGGGACUCAACCGAGGCCGCCCUAUACAUAAUGCAAGCUGUCGCCAAGAACAUUCUCCCCGAGGAGAACGACGUUGUCCCCAAAGUCGUUGAAGCCAUACUCAAUGUCCCCGAAAAUACCCACAUUGCGGUUAAACACACGAGUAUUCUCCUCCUCGGUGAACUCUGCGAAUGGAUAAACAGUCAUCCCCAGUCCCUAGAGCCAGUCCUAAAUUUCCUCCUCACCUGUUUGAAUCAGAGGGGUCUUGCCAGUGCAGCAUCCGGUGCUCUACACAGCAUUUGCACAGCUUGUCCCCUGCACAUGGCAUCGCAUUUUCCCGGAUUGCUGCAGAUCGCAAGAUCCCUCGACAGCUUUCCCAUCAGCAGUGAAGCUGCAAUUGGAUUGAUAAAGGGGGUCUCAAUAAUCUCAGCCAGAUUACCAAGAAACGAAAUAGCUCCUGCUAUGAAGGAACUCUGCUGGAUUCAAGCAAGACCACUCUGUGAAUUGAUGGAGGCCCAGGGGAUUCCCCUGGAUCGAGGGACCAAAACCGAUCCUGUUUACUGGUUGGACAGACUGGCUGCCAUUUUCAGGCAUACCAAUCCGCAGAUUGAUAAUUCCAAUGAGGCACAUCCCUGCCAGAGUGUCAUAACUGAAAUGUGGCCUGUUCUGUCGAAUGUGUGUAAUAAGUAUCAGGAGGACUCGAGGGUUAUGGAGAGGUGCUGCAGAUGUCUGAGGUACGCUGUGAGGUGCAUUGGACAGCACGCUGUUCAUCUGCUUGAACCCAUUGUCGAGCAGAUUGUGCAGUUGUAUGGGGCACAUCAGCACAGUUGUUUUUUGUAUCUUGGCUCAAUUCUUGUGGACGAGUACGCUGGUGAUCAUGACUGCGCUGCUGGACUUGUCAGGAUGUUGGAGGCCUUCAUCGGGCCCACUUUCACUAUUCUCCAGGAGACUGAUGGCCUCAAGAAUCAUCCCGACACCGUUGACGAUCUCUUUCGAUUGUGUGCGAGGUUUCUCCAGAGGGCACCCAUCGCAUUCCUGCAUUCUGCUGCACUGAGCAGCAUCGUUGAUUGCGCUAUUAUGGCGUGCAGUCUGGAUCACAGAGAUGCCAAUGCCUCAGUCAUGAAGUUCUUCUAUGAUUUUCUGCACAGUGGACGCAAUCACGAUGAGAGGUCGGACUUUACGAUAAGGAGGCAGAUGGUGCAGGAUGUGCUGAGGAAUAAGGGCCAGAGGCUGGUGACUAGUCUUCUUCAUGCUGCUGUCUUUCAAUUGUCAACGUACAUGCUGCAAGAUGUUGCCGAUGUUCUUGCUGAACUCACUCUCACUGAUUCAACGUCAAUGGCUACUUGGCUUUUUGAAGCUAUCUCAGCUAUGCCUGUUCAGAAUGUUGGAGGCUCGCCCACAGCGACUCCCGAACAGGUGGCGGAAUUCCAUAAUGCUGUUUUGGCGCCGAAAGUAGCGCCCAAAGCUGUCAUGCAUGCACUGCGAACUUUCGCGCGGUUGUUUCGCUGAUGGAUGUGAUGGAAAGAACGACAUUAUUCGAUGUGCUCUGGAUGAAAGGGGGUAACUCGGGGAAAUUAUUCAAGAGGGGGUAUCGCAGGUUUGGGAUUUGAAUGAAGUCAGCUCGAUGUUGGGGUUUGAAAAGGACUAACUCAAUGGCUUCCAUGAGAAAGCACUAUCUCAGCUGGAACUUAGAAGGACGUAAGUCGGGUAAACUCUUCUGGGGCUCGGACAAAGGCGCAAUUGACACAAGGUUCACUAUUAAGUUCUCAACUGCCUCCCCAUUUAUUUUGUUUUUACUUCAAAUUUAACAUUCAAUAGACAAGUAUGAUCUUUUGAAAGUAUUUAGUAAGGAUUCGUCUGAGUUAUUCCUUUGUAAAUUUCAACUGGAAAAUACUAUUUCAUUUAUUUAUUUCCUUCUGGAACUCGGACAAAGGCGCAAUUAAUACAAUGUUCACAAUUAAUUUUUUAGAUGCCUCCCUAUUUAUUUUGUUUUUACCUCAAAUUUGACAUUCAAGGCUCUCAAACUUGAUCAUACAAUGAAGUCAAGAGUGUAAGUGCAGACUGUGAAAUAUUUCACGAUCACUCUUAUAUAAACAGAGAUAUCAAUGAAUUCAUUGGAACUGCAGGAAUUCCUGCAAUACAUAACAAAGUAUGAUCACUUAAAACGUAUUUAGACCAUAGACCUUUUUUAAACCACAACAUUGAGUUGGAUCUAUUUAAAUUAAGCUUCUGGGAUAGACCCCUUCGAAUCCUCUCCCCGAGUUAUGCCUUUUUUCUAAAACACGUCGAUCUGAGGAACAGUUAAUGUGGAGAAGGGUCCAUUAAUGUUGCCGGAAAUUAAAUCCUUCAAAUUAUCUUUCUCCCAAGUGCAAUUUUCCCGGUCAGACUCGAUGUUCGCUCGACCAGACCUGCUUUUUACAUUGAUUUUAAUCACGGACGCAGAAUUCCUACCUAUCGAAACGUUAGGUAUAUUUUAUAAAGCAAUGAUCAAUCCCCUUUCCCCAGUUUUUUUAUACAACUUUUCAUGACAUGAAUUGUCGCAUUCUCAUUUGGUGGCAUUGAUGGACUUUAUACGAAUCAAUGAAAAUGAGACAAGAUAGGUGAUGAGAAUCGAGGUUAACGGAGUGAGACUGUCGUUGUAUUAUAAUGAAAAUAGGAAAAAUGUAACGAAUUUUUGUUUUCUGUAAAUUGAUCAUGAAAACUUGAUGAAGUUUGGGGUGUGUCUGUUUUAAAUAUUAUUAUAGAUACAUGUCUGACAGUGCAUUUGAUUACAAGUCGUUUUCACGAUGACUCAUGUUGUAACUAUACAUCUCUCGAAUUCGUAAUACAUGCAAUUCAUCUAAUAAA